AUGCCCCCACAGAUCAGUCGGGAGCUAUAUCUCGACCUAGAAGAUGACUUCAAUGGUGGGAUUGGUGCACCCGAGCUGUCUCACCGCGCGAGCAGUGAUCCCCUAGGGCAAGUCAUCAGUCCGGCACUGUACCGUGGGCCAGAUGACAUGUGCAAUGAACACAUGCAAUCUUUGAAUCCAACAACCGCUGAAUGCCUUCCGGCACGUCCAGCUCUGGACAAUGAAGAGGUCCAAGCUAUGGUUCAAGAGUUCCAGCUGUUCAGGUCAUACCAUGAUGUAGGAUACCUGACUGACCAACUUCAGACAUACUCACAGAAGUCUUCCAGACCCGUCCAUACCACAGCUCCUGGAGGCAGAGCGACCAUUUUGAUCUGCUUGGGUGGAGACAUCCGACAAGCUGGCACGGGCCGAUCAGGAGCUUCAAAGGAUGCAGAGGGCUGA